AUGGCAGGAGUGGAUUUGCGGCAUGUACUCUUGGAUUUGCUGCCAUCGUCUGAUAUGACGAAGCGAUGUCGAGAACUAGGUAUCCAACAUCAUCUGCAGAAGAUUAUUCCUGACCUUUGGGCCAUCAAUGCAGUCAUUCGGGACGCGACGAUGCGGGCGUGGGCGCAGCCAGAGACGAUGCGGACGGCGGACGUGGAGAUGUGGAUGGCGGAUGCGGGUGCAGCCAUUGCGGACGUCCAAAACCUGCUCGACCGGAUCUUGGAGUGGCCGGGGAGGGCAACGGCAACGUCGAAUCCCUUGUUGCGCUCCUUCCUCAGCAUCCGAGUGGCUUUUCGUCUUUCUAUUCUGCACGAGUUCAAGGAGAUGGGGCUCAGGUUGAAGGAGCUCGUCCUUAGGGGGUCUGCCUUGGACCUCCGGAAGGAGAUGAUGGAUGCCAUGGAUCCAUGCGAUGAAGAGUACUCCUAUGUCCUAGGAGAUGAAGUGGUGGGAAGAGAUGAGGACAGAGAUAAUAUUAUAGAGAUCAUUCAGCAGAAUCAAUCAUCCAGCAACGGUGAGCCCUUCGUCAUUGUCAUCCAUGAUGAAUCGUCGUCUCCAUCUUAUCCAUCCAUGGGGAAGACAACCCUGGCUCGGAUGAUUUACCACCACCCCUGGGUGCGCCAACAUUUCCAUCAUCGAAUCUGGGUGGACGUUUUCAUCGACUUAUCUUUCGAUCAACUAAGCAUCGGGAGACAAUUUGCAAGAUGUAUCACGGGAGAAUCGUGCGACCAUCUGCAAUCACACCAAGCUAUCUGGCUACUUGUGAAUGAACGGCUCGGCCAAAGAAGAUACUUGCUCAUCUUGAAUGACAUAUACUAUAGUUAUUGGGAAGAGGGGUUGAAAGACAAAUGGGAUCAACUCAAGCACAACCUAUUGCAUGUGGGUGGAAUCGGAAGUACAGUGAUCAUCACCACCAACCAUAUGCAGCCUAUAGAUAUAUUUGGGUCCAGAGACUACUCGUUGGAUGGCCUAUCAGAGGAUGCUUGGAUAAAAUUGUUCAUGAGAGACACAUUCAUUGGAUCAGCGCAGGACAAAGCGAACACUUGUACCAUAAAUUUUCUACUUCAAUUUGCGGAGCAACAAUACCAAACACUUAAGGGUGAAACAAUUAGUGGCAAAAAACUUGAUGGCUCUCCCUUGCUGGCAAAGACGUUGGGCUCAAUAUUCAGGUACACUGAGGUAUUGGAAGACCUUCAGCCUAACCUAGCUUUAGAGAAAUUAGAAAUUGUUUCUUAUAUGGGGAAGAAACUCCCGAGCUGGAUGGUGUGCAAAGAAGGAAAUCUAAGGCAUUUAAGAGAGAUCAAGCUCGUCAAUCUCAGGAAAUGUGAAAGGCUACCACCGCUUGGACAACUAUCAUACCUUAAGACUGUUGAGAUAAGUGGCAUGGAUUCAAUUAGUGCAGUGGAUGAUGCAUUUUACGGUGAUGGUAAUGGUGACACAUUUCCUAGAUUGGAAACACUCAUUUUCUCAGAAAUGCCUCUGCUGGAGAGAUGGCCCAAGGCAAAAGGUGAAGGUGACGUGUUCCCGGUACUUAGAACGUUGAUACUAAUCCAGUGUCCAAAAUUCAAGGAAUUGCAUGUGCGACCAUCAACAACAAGGGAAUUCCUUAUACUUGAACUAUGGUUGAAUAAUGACAAGUUGCUGACCUCUGAAUUUGUAGGUUGGCAGAACCUUAAAGAUGUCAGAGUGUUGGAGAUAACGGGGUGUGAAGAGCUGAGGUGCUUACCACAGGGUAUCAAGUAUCUCAAGAACCUUUCCGAUUUGUAUAUUAUCCGAUGCAACAAUUUGAUCUCUUUUCCGGAUUGGUUGGCAGAACUCCCGAGUCUUGAUCCGUGGGAAGAACACAGAAUUCCUUUCGACCUGAUUGUACGAGAUUGCGCCAUGCUGUCAUUCAUUCCCGAGAGGCUCAAACCAUCGCCCCAUUUUCGCAUGAAUAUCAAAGGCUGUCCAAAGUUGGGGGUCUAA